CAGUUGCGUGGCAGCCGCCAAUUGGCUUAAGUUCCCAUGGAUUUUUGUCUUCACUCGACAGUGAUAUAGUUUCGGACUAUUCAAUUCAUUAUGUUUUCAACUUCCAAGCUGUAUCCGUAGAUGGCCAUUUUCGUACAGUUGGAGAUUGAUUGAUUGAUUGCCAUGGGGGUUUCUUGAUUGUUUUGAUUUCUUAUAUCUGUAUAUGAAUUUCCGCGUCUGGUCCAGCUUGAUUUCAUCCAGAAAUACGUGUUUUCUCCUAAUUCUGCUUUGCCCGACUUAUAAGUUGUGGUUUUGUUUAAGGAGGAUUCCUGGAUUCCUUUUGUAGGUUCUGUUUGAUCAGGUAUUUGACGUAUCGCUGCACGUUUUUGGUUUUAUUUGUUGGGAUUGGGGUUGAUUGGGGAUAUCAGAGUGGGUUAUAUUGACUGGAUACUUAGAUGGUGGAGAGAUCAGGUAGUUUAUUGGUAAUUGACCGAGUUUUUUAGUCAUCAAAAUUGUUAGGUUCCUACUGAAUCAGGGGGCAGUUGAUUAAGAUGCAUGGUUAGGUUAGUAUUUGAUGUGUGUUGAUUGAUGAAGUUCAGCUUAUUGGUGAUCCUUUGAUGCUACAAGGGAUCAGGGAUCCUUGUAUAAUUUAUUAAGAAUUUGCUGGGUUGUCUUCCCAUGGUGGGUCAGGAGUGAUGUGUUAGUAGCUAGCAAAUGAGCACAACACAAUGAGAGGUAGGCAGGGUUUCUUAUGUAGAUGGAUUCCUUGGAUAGGACAUUCCUUGAUAUCAUAGGUUUACUGAAAUCGUGGAUCCCUUGGCGGUCUGAACCAGCUAAUGUGUCAAGGGACUUUUGGAUGCCUGAUCAGAGCUGUAGGGUAUGUUAUGAUUGUGAUUCCCAGUUUACAUUGAUCAACCGUAGGCACCAUUGUCGACAUUGUGGACGAAUUUUCUGCGCCAAGUGCACAUCUAAUUGGGUUCCCGCACCAUCCAGUCAGCCAUGCAUGCUACAUCAGGAUGAGUGGGAAAAAGUCAGGGUUUGUAAUUACUGUUUUAAGCAAUGGGAACAAGGUAUAGCAGCCUCUGCUGAUAAUGGAAUUGAGGUUGAUAACCUGGAAUCUAGUACUUCGCUUUCAGCAACGAGUUUUAUUAGCUUCAAAUCUAGUAGAACCGGUGACAGUAGUAGCAUUACUGUUGCAUCAAUGCCAUAUUCUGCUGCUGAACUCGGUCUAAAUCAGGCAGCAACUAUGGAGUCAACUGUAGACAAGCAGGGUUUCAUCAUAGCUAGAGAUAGUAGUCAUCUUGCUGCUGCGGACAUGGGUGUUUGUAACCAGUCUUCAGAUAGAUAUGCGUUUUGUACAGCAAGGAGUGAUGAUGAAGAAGAAGAAUAUGGUUCAUACCAGUUAGGUUCCCCGAGAAACCAUUCAUCUGAGGGUAAUGGUUAUUAUAAUCACAUUCAGUUUGAUGGUAUUGUCAAGGAGUUUGGAUCACUCAAAAUUCAUCCUGAUGGAGAAGCUGUUGAUACAAAAAGCAUUAGUAGCUCUUCUGUACAUAAUAGUAUGGAUUCCCAGACUUCAGAAGAAGUUCAACAGAUUGUGAAAAAGGAAGGUGAAUCUGACAUUGUUUAUGAAUGUGAAACAUCUUCAUCUAUGUAUGUAGCUGAAAAUGUUAGUGCUGAUCCUGUUGAUUUUGAGAACAAUGGGGUUCUGUGGCUUCCUCCUGAUCCAGAAGAUGAAGAAGAUGAAAGGGAAGCAUUUCCGUUUGAUGAUGAUGAUGAUGGGGAUGCUGCUGGAGAAUGGGCAACUCUUCGUACUUCAAGCAGUUUUGGCAGUGGGGAGUACAAAAGUAAAGACAAGUCAAAUGAAGAGCAUAAGAAAGCUAUGAAGCAUGUGGUUGAUGGGCACUUCAGGGCGUUGGUAGCUCAGCUUAUGCAGGUCGAGAAUCUUCCCAUGGGUGAGGAAGAUGAGAAAGACAAUUGGCUGGACAUAAUUACAUCCCUUUCCUGGGAGGCUGCUACUUUGUUAAAACCAGACACCAGCAAGGGUGGGGGAAUGGACCCUGGGGGAUAUGUAAAGGUCAAAUGUAUAGCCUCUGGUCAUUGCAGAGACAGUGUGGUGGUCAAAGGAAUUAUUUGUAAGAAAAACGUGGCUCACCGGCGAAUGGCAUCAAAAAUAGAGAAACCUCGGAUACUGAUCCUUGGCGGGGCUCUUGAAUACCAGCGGGUUUCUAACCUCUUGUCAAGUGUCGAUACUUUAUUGCAACAGGAAAUGGAUCAUCUCAAGAUGGCUGUUGCAAAAAUAGAUGCACACCAACCUGAUGUUCUCUUGGUGGAGAAAUCUGUUUCUCGCUGUGCACAAGACUACCUUCUGGCAAAGGAUAUAUCACUAGUUUUAAAUAUCAAAAAGCCACUUUUGGAACGUAUUGCCCGUUGCACAGGUGGUCAGAUAGUUCCUUCAAUUGAUCAUCUGUCAUCACAAAAGUUGGGAUACUGUGAUAUGUUCCAUGUUGAGAAGUUUGCCGAAGAGCAUGAUGUGGUUGGGCAGAGUGGAAAGAAGCUUAUGAAGACAUUGAUGUACUUUGAAGGUUGUCCAAAGCCAUUGGGAUGCACUGUAUUACUCCGAGGUGCCAACACUGAUGAGUUGAAGAAGGUGAAGCAUGUAGUGCAAUAUUCAGUUUUUGCGGCUUACCACUUGGCUGUGGAAACAUCGUUUCUUGCAGACGAGGGAGCCACUCUUCCUGAAUUUCCUUUGGGUUCUCCAAUUACUGUGGCACUUCCAGAUAAAACAUCGGCUGUUGGCAGGUCCAUCUCAACAUUCCCUGGUUUCACCAUCCCUUCUAGUGAAAAGACUCAGGGACCUCCAACCAGUGGUGAACCACAGAGGUCCUUCAGUGUCCCCACUAAUAAUCUGGUAGAGACUGCCAAUCUUUGUGUUCAGAAAAUGGAGCCAGCAGAUUUUUCUACCAUCUACGCUGCUAUUAGCACCAACUCCAUAAUUCCCUCAGUUACAUCUUCUCAGCAGGGUAUUUCAAACUCUUCCUCCAAUGAGCCCUCCCUCUGUCAUGCACCCAAGGGGAGAACUUUAACAUCUUCCAGGGAUGAACCUUUAGUAGGCAACGAUAUCCUUGAAGAUUUGAGAGACCAUCUUGUAUCAAAUGAUUCUAGGCCAUCAGGUCCCCUGGAACAAAGUAUGGAAUCCAAGAAUGUGCAAAACACUUGUAAUGACAUGGAUGCUAACCAAAUAGUUUCAAAUCCAACUUUGCAACAAGAGGUUAAGCAUGUUCAUGAGGAACCAGGUUCUUCAAAGGAAGGGUUUCCUCCACCCUCAUCUGACCAUCAGAGCAUUUUAGUUUCCUUAUCAUCCAGGUGUGUGUGGAAAGGGACCGUCUGUGAAAGAUCACAUCUUUUUCGGAUCAAGUACUAUGGAAACUUUGACAAACCCUUGGGUCGUUUUCUGCGAGACCACUUGUUUGAUCAAGGUUAUCGAUGUCGUUCAUGUGAGAUGCCAUCAGAGGCACAUGUUCAGUGUUAUACCCACCAUCAGGGCACCCUAACAAUUUCUGUAAAGAAGCUACAAGAAAUUAUUUUGCCUGGUGAAAGGGAAGGAAAAAUCUGGAUGUGGCACAGGUGCCUGAAGUGUCCACGAUUUAAUGGCUUUCCUCCUGCAACUCGAAGAGUGGUGAUGUCUGAUGCUGCUUGGGGUUUGUCCUUUGGGAAGUUUUUGGAGCUUAGUUUUUCAAACCAUGCAGCUGCUAGCAGGGUUGCAAGCUGUGGCCACUCAUUGCAUAGAGACUGCCUUCGCUUUUAUGGUUUUGGGAAAAUGGUUGCUUGCUUUCGCUAUGCUUCAAUUGAUGUUCAUUCGGUGUACCUACCACCUUCAAAGCUGGAUUUCAACUAUGAGAAUCAAGAUUGGGUACAAGAAGAAGUAAAUGAGGUUGUUGGUCGAGCUGAGCUAUUGUUUUCUGAAGUCUUCAAUGCACUUGGUAAUUUGGCAGAGCAAAAAUGUGGUGUUAUGCUUAACAGCAGUAUUAAAGUAUCAAAAACUAAACACCAUUUGACUGAGCUGGAAGGGAUGCUGCAGAAAGAGAAAGCAGAGUUUGAGGAAUCACUCGAAAAGGUUUUAAACAAAGAAGUGAAAAAUGGCCAACCUGCUAUUGAUAUUUUUGAAAUUAAUAGACUGAGAAGACAACUACUUUUCCAAUCUUAUAUGUGGGACCACCGUCUGGUAUAUGCAGCUAGUUUAGAUAGAGUGAGCCAUUGUAUUGAUGGUGAGGUUGUCUGUACUUCAGAUGUCGAUAAUGAGAAGUACAGUGAUCCAAAUAUUCCUCUUGAACCAAGCAACAGUUUGUAUGAUUCUGAUCUUGUCCCAGUGGGAGAAAAACUUGAUGAUGGUGGUGAAAGGGUUACUGGUUGCCACGUCAACCAGAUCAAUCAAGGAGGUGAUGUAGGUUUUGAUUCUAAUAAUCUAAUCGGAAAUCCAAAUAGUGUUUCCUUUGUAAUCAACGGCAGUGAAUCUGAUCCCCUGGUCCUUCGUAGAGUCCUUUCUGAUGGACAGUUUCCGAUGAUGGAGAACUUGUCUGACACUCUUGAUGCUGCUUGGACUGGUGAAAGUCAUAUGAGUGCUGGAACGCCAAAGGAUGGUCCUUGCAAACCUCUUCAUCUGGCAACCAUGGAUUCUUCAACCAAUAGAGUCACAGAAAAGCUGGAUGUUGAAGACAGUGGAGAGGAGCUCAGUGUAGCUAAAUUGUCUGUAUCUUCCUUGUUGUCUUUCAAAGGCUUAGAAAACACGGAAGAUUCUGUGAGCUGGUUAGGAAUGCCUUUCAUAAACUUCUAUAGGUCAUUGAACAAGAACUUUUUGGGUAGUGCUCAGAAACUGGAUACACUCGGUGAGUAUAACCCCGUCUAUAUUUCAUCAUUCCGGGGAUCAGAUGCACAAGAUGGUGCGAGGUUGCUUCUGCCUGUAGGGGUUAAUGAUACUGUUGUACCGAUUUAUGAUGAUGAACCCACAAGCCUUAUAUCUUAUGCACUGGUUUCACCUGACUAUAUUCUCCAACUCUCUGAUGAGCUCGACAGACCAAAGGAAUCUGCAGACUUUACCUUUCCACUGCAGUCCUUCGAUUCAGGAGGAAGUUUCCUGGGUUUUCAAUCGUUGGAUGAUAUUGCAUCUGCUGAUGAGAGUAUCUUGUCCUUAUCUGGUUCGCGUACUUUGGAUCCUCUCUUAUAUACAAAAACAAUGCAUGCUAGAGUCUCGUUUGCCAAUGAUGGACCACAGGGGAAAACAAAAUAUACAGUGACUUGUUAUUAUGCAAAGCGCUUUGAAGCUUUGAGGAGGGUAUGCUGCCCAUCAGAGAUGGACUUUGUAAGAUCUCUUAGCCGUUGCAAGAAGUGGGGAGCCCAAGGAGGCAAGAGCAACGUCUUCUUUGCAAAGACUUUGGAUGAUAGAUUCAUUAUUAAACAAGUGACAAAGACCGAGCUGGAAUCAUUCAUUAAAUUUGCUCCAGGAUAUUUCAAAUACCUUUCCGAGUCAAUAAGCUCUGGAAGUCCAACAUGUUUGGCUAAGAUUCUGGGGAUCUAUCAGGUUACAUCAAAGCAUCUUAAAGGAGGGAAGGAAUCCAAAAUGGAUGUGCUGGUAAUGGAGAAUCUUCUAUUUGGAAGAAAGAUUACGCGGUUGUAUGACCUUAAGGGAUCUUCCAGGUCUCGUUACAAUCCAGAUUCUAGUGGGAGUAACAAGGUUUUGCUUGAUCAGAACUUGAUUGAAUCGAUGCCAACAUCUCCCAUUUUUGUUGGCAACAAAGCUAAGAGGCUGUUAGAGAGAGCUGUCUGGAACGACACUGCUUUCCUUGCGUCGGUUGAUGUAAUGGAUUACUCUCUACUCGUUGGAAUUGACGAAGAGAAGCACGAACUGGUUCUCGGGAUUAUUGACUUUAUGAGACAAUAUACAUGGGACAAACAUCUUGAGACGUGGGUUAAAGCUUCCGGCAUCCUAGGCGGCCCCAAGAACGCUUCACCGACUGUCAUCUCACCCAAACAGUAUAAGAAGAGGUUCAGGAAGGCUAUGACUACCUAUUUCCUGAUGAUCCCAGAUCAAUGGUCAUCUUCCACCCUGAUUCCCAGCAUCUCGCAGACCGAAUUGUGUGACGAGAAUAUGCCCAGCUCAACAUCUGCAGAGUGAUUUUGUAAAUCUGCUUGUUUGUACAUCUAAGCAUAUAGUUUGCAAUUCUUUUUGCAUCGGUUUCGCUAAGAUCACAUACACAUAUAUAUACAUAUAUAUAUCUACCCCUACAGUUUUUCCAUUCUUUUGGGAGGCAGUUGGCAUUAUAUGAUUAAAUCUGUGAUUGUCUCUUCCAUAUAGAUAGCAGGCUGGCUGGGCUGCCUAUACUUCUUUUGUACAUUUUUUUAGUUUGUGCUGUCACUUUGUCUUAGGAUCCAAUGCAAAUUGUAUAUGUGAUUCAAUUCACUGGCACUCUUGGCAGAUUUUGUGCAAUAUAUGCAUUUUUUAAUUCCUUCUCUUCAAA